AGGCACAAUUUUUGCGUUUUCAAUUGUUUGGUUUAUUUGUAUCCUCUUUAUUUGCACCAGGGGAACCACAACAACGGAUCAUUUGUUGACUGCAAAAUGAACUAAGCCUUAUUUUAGUUUUGAGUAAGGCGGUCGUGACAAAUAAACCACAACAAUGGCUCAAAAAAUUGUGACGAAUUUUACUUCAUGGUGGAGCGCGCGCGCAAAGCAGGUGGUUCAGGCGCCAUCAACUUAUUUGGAAUAUCGAAGAUUUCGUUGCAAAGGACUGAAUUGCUUCGGAUGACUGGAAGCGCUGUCAGUCGUGAGUGAGGACCAAUCCAUUUUCGAGCCAGCCUUCAGCGCCCCCCAAGCCAUGCACAUGAAGGGGGAGAUAAACACGACGACGGCGACACCGACCGGUUUCCGCCAGAGUUCCGAAGAGAGCCCCGAACCCACUGAACCCGAGUGGGUGUCACCUGGCGCUCAGAACCCAGGGAAAAGAGUGGAACAUGUCAACGGAACCAGCCGUGAGUCCCCAGUGGACUGCAGCGUCACGAAAAGGACCCGGCACAUGAGUAACAACGACGGGGGCCAGUUGGCCUACCAGGCCUCGUACCCGGAGCCACGCACCAGCCCCCAGACCAGCACGCCUCCCAGCAACACCACAGAGGAAAAGAGGGUCAUCGUUCCAGCAGACCCUGAGGUGUGGACACAGGAGCAUGUACGGCAGUGGUUAGACUGGGCCAUCAAAGAGUAUGGACUGUUGGAGGUGGAUGUGUCUCUUUUCCAGACGCUGGAUGGCAAGGCACUCUGCAAACUGUCCAAGGAAGACAUGAUGCGCCUCACUUCAGAAUACAACACCGACAUUCUGCUGUCACAUCUCAAUUACCUCAGACAGAGCAGUCCCACCUUUUCUUACCCCACAACACCAACCAACACACCACAGCAGCCCCGACUACAAGUCAAAGCAGAAAACAGCUUUGAAGAAAUCAGCAGAAGGAACAACUGGUCGUCACCAGUCAUGCCUGUAGUUCCAAAGGUGGGUUCACCCAUAGAGCCUCAGCACCCGGCCAGAGUCACCGAGCCUCCCCCGAGAAUUGGUCAAGAUCCAUAUCAAGCAUUAGGUGCCAUCAGCAGUCGACUAGCCAAUCCAGAAACCCCACAGACCUAUAGCAAGAGCCAAACUGCCAAAGUCAGUUCACAAAGGGUGAUCAGCAUUGGCCCUCACAAGAUCGUGGGCUCUGGCCAGAUCCAGCUGUGGCAGUUUCUGCUGGAGCUCCUGUCCGAAACAACUAACGCUCACAUCAUCACUUGGGAGGGCACCAACGGCGAGUUCAAGAUGACGGACCCAGACGAGGUUGCCAAGCGCUGGGGCGAGCGCAAGAGCAAGCCCAACAUGAACUAUGACAAGCUGAGUCGCGCGCUGCGCUACUACUACGACAAGAACAUCAUGACCAAGGUCCACGGCAAGCGCUACGCCUACAAGUUCGACUUCCAGGGCAUCCACCAGGCCCACCAGAACCAUACCACUGAGGGCAGCAUGCUCAAGUACCAGGGAGAGGUGCCCCCCUACAUCCCGUCCUACCACAGCCACCAGCCCAAAAUGAACUUCAUGAGCUCGCACCAGCCCCCUAUGCCUGUGUCAUCAGGGAACUUUUUUCCGGCGCCCCCCCCCUACUGGAACUCAGCCACUGGAGGGAUGUACCCCAGCACCCCCAUGCCCCGACACCCAGGGAGCCACGGCCACCUGGCCACCUACUACUGAAGCCCACCUGACAGCUCACCUGUGCCAACUGUUACCUACCUGUGCCAUCUGUUACCUGUCUGUCCAGAAGUGAAAGUUAUAUUCUACAUAGCUGUCAUUCUCAAAGCAUUAUAGCAGUUUGUUAUUGUUGAAUUUCAGCUUUCCAAGUUUAUUAUCCAUAUACAGGACAGGGGAGAAUAAGUAGGCCUAUUUGAACCCAUGCUAAAGUUGACUAAAAAGAAAAAUAUAAAAACAUCUGUUAGAAAUUGAUCUUAAUGCCUUAAUUAAAAAAAAAAAAUCCAACCUUUAAGGACACCAAUUUUCUUAUAAAUUAUAAAUAAAUAAAUGUUCUUCCUUAAAUUACAGGGGCAAUAAGUAUUUGACCCCUAUGUUAAAUUCCCACAGAGGCAGAUUUUUUAUUUUUAAAGGCCACUUAUUUCAUGGAUCCAGGAUACUAUGCAUCCUGAUAAAGUUCCCUUGGCCUUUGG